CUGGUGAUGGUGAGCCAAACAGGUCAACCUGAACCCCGACAACCAACCCUCAGCCCUCAGCCCGAACCCGAACCCGGUGUGGAGGAAACAACCAAGUCAUACUUACUGUAUAUACAAAAUGUCCAGGGAUUCAGGGGGUCAGUAAAGGGCUCUCGGUUCACAACAAGGACGACACCAAGUUGUGGGCAUGGUGAUGCAUUAUUUGCUAAUAGCUUCUAAGGAUGGCAAUGUACAGUUCUCACAUUACUUCACCCACAUAACCUCUGGUAGUCGAACAACCACCGAAGCCCGGGCUAUAGCCAAGUGUUUGGGAGCAGAAAAAGAUGCAGCUCUGUGUCACUUCCUAGGAGAUGGAGACCACACCCUCGUCUUCCGAUGGUUUGGUCCAUGUCUCUUCAUCGUCGCUGCCGACCACGCUGAGAAUGAACUGAUGGUUUACGAAUUUAUUAACUUAUAUGUUAAUGCACUCCACAGGUAUUUUGGAAAGUUUUCAGAGAGACAUGUUCUCUUUAACAUAGACAGACUUCAUAUGGUUCUUGAAGAAAUGGUGGUUGGCGGUGAAUUAGUAGAGUCCUCAAUUAGAAAUGCUUUGAGCCCAAUUCAGAUGCUUGACACAGUUUCGUCUAGAUAGUACUAAGUCUGUGAAUUACUUUUGGACAUUUUACUUUUUAAUUAAACUAAUUAAGAAUUUUUUUAUGCAUUGGACAUAUAAAAGACUUUAUAACCUCUAUGUUAUGUAGGACAACCUUCUUAGUAAUUUGGAUCAUGAAACUUUUAAGAAAAAAAAUUAUCAAAAAUUUAUUAAUAUACUGCAGUUAUAAAUGUAAUACAGUAAUUGUUAAGUUGAGGAAGAGAAUAAUUCUGCAUAGAGAAUCAAUAUUAGGAUUUAUGGUGGAUAUGAAUGAUGGCUAGAUCAUCUCCCAGUGCUGUACAUUAUAUACAGGUUAAGACAGUUAAUUUUUUUUUAGCAGAUUUGUUCAUAACUGAAGUCAAAAGAAUUCUACACAGUACUGUAUAUAAAUCUCCAUAUUGUAUAAAAAUCAUAAGUCUGCUGUAUUUUUAUAAUAAAAUGUGAAAAUUUCAAGAAA